CUGUCGGUGUGGAUGGACGGCGUGCAGAAGCAGCUGUCCUCGGACCGCUGCGUGUGUCCCGACACCGUCGAGUCUCUUCAGGCUCUCAUCAGUCAGCAGCAGCAGCAGCAGGCCAACACGCAGGAAGCCGCCAUGAGCGUCAUCCGGGAGGGCGAGGACCUCAUCCUGCAGCUCAGUUUUGGGUGCGUUUGUUUCAGGCCUCAGGGCAGCUCGGUGGCCCACGUGGAGACGGUGCUGCAGCAGCUGGAGGAGUCUCACGUUCAGCUGGAGGAACUUUUCCACCAGCGGAAGAUCCGACUGGACGUUUACCUGCAGCUCCGCAUCCUGCAGCAGUGCACGCUGGAGGUAACGGGAGAAAUGGACGCCUGGAAGCAGGACCUCCAGAAACAGUCCCAGGACUUCUCCGCAGAGAAGCUAGCAUCGCCGCGGCUAGCCGACGCAAAUCAGGACAAGCUAGCCCCGGACAAGCUGGGACUGGGUCAGGCUCGGCUGGUGGAGGCGAGUCCGGAGGUGCUAACGCUAGCACAGCAGCGCAUCCACAGGCACAUGGAGCGACGGCUGGCCAUGAACAACAUGAUCUAUGAGGUCAUCCAGCAGGGUCACGACCUUCAGCAGUACAUCACUGAGGUCCAGGCGUCAGGUAUCGAGCUGUCGGAGGCGGAGGGGGGUCUCUCCCCUCAGGUGGAGGAGCUGCAGCGCCUCCUGCAGGACAAACAGAAGGAGCUGCAGCAGAUCGCAGAUCACACGCACACACACCUGGAGCAGAACCUGCAGCUGAGACACCUGCAGAGCCAGGUCAAACAGGUGCUGGGCUGGAUCUCAGAGGGGGAGGUGAUGCUGUCGUCCUGCAUGUUGAACUCCAGCUGUCUGUCUGAGGCCGAGCAGCUACAGAGGGAACACGAGCGCCUCCAGCAGGCCAUCGAGGCUCUCCUUCACGCCGACUCGCUGCAGAGGACUCACCAGGUGGCUCUGGCUCUGCAGCAGAGAGCAGAGCUGCUGGUCAGGUCGGGUCACUACGACCCGGACGCAGUGAGGUCUUGUGCCCAGACGGUGGCGCUGCACUGGCAGACUCUGAUGUUGAGGAUCGAAGACAGACUCAAACUGGUCAACGCCUCCGCAGCCUUCUACAGGACGUCCCAGCAGGUGUGCGGGGUAUUGGAGAGUCUGGAGCAGGAGUACCGCAGGGAGGAGGACUGGUGUGGAGGAGGAGAGAGACAGCCGGAGCUCCUCCUGCCGCUCGUCAGCAAACACAUGGAGCAGAAGGAGGCCUUCCUGAAGGCCUGCACUCUGGCCAGACGGAAUGCCGAAGUCUUCCUUAAGUAUAUCCACCGCAACAGUGUUACCAUGGCGAACAUCUCGGGCCACAGCGUCACCGUCUCUGGGGUAUCGGGGGUCACAGAGGUCACGGGGCACUCCAGGGUACCGGAGCAACAGGUCAAAGGUAUCCUCAGUGAGCUGCUGCAGAGGGAAAACAGAGUUCUUCAUUUCUGGACUUUAAAGAAACGCAGACUGGAUCAAUGCCAGCAGUACCUGAUGUUUCAGAGCCACGCCCAGCAGGCUCUGGAUUGGCUGCAGCAGUCAGGUGACCAUUACCUGUCCACGCACACGUCGCCGGGGGCAACGGUGACCGAGACGCAGGAACUGCUGAACCAACAUCGUGAAUUCUGCGUGUCUGCCAAGCACACGCAGGAAAAGGUUCAUCUGCUCAUCCAACUGGCUGAGAGCAUGUUGGCGAAGGGCCACGCCCACCGCGCCGAGCUGCGGCGCUGCGUCUCCACAGUGGACAAGCGUUACCGCGACUUCACGGUGCGGAUGGGACAGUACCGCCACCUGCUGGAGACGGCGCUCGGCGGCUGCGCGCAGGAUAACAAGGACCUGGAGCUGGAGCUCAUCCCCAACAGCCUGUCCGACUCCGACCCCGAGGUCAACCUGUCCGACCCGAGUCACCAAGUCAGCGACGAGAAGAGGCGCUCCGCCCGCAAGAAGGAGUACAUCAUGGCCGAGCUCCUCCAGACCGAGAGAGUCUACGUCCGAGACCUGCAGGAGUGCAUCGAGACGUACCUGUGGGAGAUGACGAGCGGCUCGGAGGACGUCCCGCCGGGGCUCGCCAACAAGGACGACAUCGUGUUCGGAAACAUCCAGGACAUCUACGAGUUCCACAACAG